AUUGAUUUUUGACAGUUGUAUUGUUCUAAAAAAAAUUCUCCCAGAUCAAUUCAAGAUCAAUCAAAACUGCCAAACAGCUGACCCAUUGUUGGUUCGGAAAACGCGAAAUUUUAAGCAAAAUUGUAUUGCUAUGUAUUAAUUAACGCCAAAAAUGGACGUCGUAGGUUUAUUGAAUAAUAUAAAUGAUAAAUCCGACAUGUUUGCGGUCAAGACUUGGACAUCGGAGUGGUCCAACAGUUUUCAAGAAAACCAGUUGCUAUGGUCCUUCUGCGGGUGUCUACUGGUGUCUGUGCUAGUCGUGUUUUUCUACUACUAUAGAAGAUGGCGGUCAAAAGAACUAUCAGGCGGCGUGGGCGCAACGGGCGCGGCAGGGGAGCCAGCCAAGCGUUUCCGCAAACGGGACAAAAUGCUGUUCUACGGUCGAAGAAUGCUACGCAAAGUCAAGUCCAUAUCCAACUCGGGACAGGGCAGGAAGCGGCGUGCCGUCAUGCGCUUCGCUAGGAAACUACUGCAGCUGAAGAAGGAAUCGGCGCCUGAGCAACUCAAGGUUCUGGAGCCCCCAGCGGAAUAUCUAGAAGAGGACUUAACGAGCGACGACCGAGUGCCCCCAGACGCGUUGUAUAUGCUGCACAGCAUCAGAGUUUUCGGCCACUUCGAGAAGCCGGUGUUCCUCAUGCUUUGCAAACACACGGAGAUAUUGAACCUGCCCGCCGGGUCUUUUUUGUUUAAAGUUGGCGACACGGACGAGAAUGUAUACGUAGUGCAGAACGGGCGCGUCAACGUGUACAUAACGAACCAAGAUGGCAGCAGCUUGUCUUUGAAGAUCGUACGUGCAGGGGAGAGCGUCACUUCCUUGCUUAGUUUCACUGAUGUGUUAACGGGUCAUUCGCAACCAUACAAAACAGUCAAUGCAAAGGCGUUAGAAGACUCGCAAGUGAUCAAACUGCCCAUGAGAGCGUUCCAAGAAGUUUUCAAGGAGUACCCCGACAUAUUUGUACGCGUUAUACAAAUCAUCAUGGUGCGACUCCAGAGAGUAACAUUCACGGCUCUCCAUCAGUAUUUGGGUCUGAGUGCGGAAUUGGUCAAUCCGGGCCGCGAGAGACGUCGGCCAAUGACAGUGGCAUCCUCUCCCGGAAAGACUGGUAAAGUGACAGUUGACAGCAGCACGACUAUGCAUUCGCCGCACCACAGUGAGAGGACGGUGCCUGAACACGUGCAUGUUCAGGACGGCAACCACCAGACGUCGUCGCCGAUACACAUCCAAGGACGCAAACCCAGGCCCGACAUGGUUCCCGAUAUCACGUCCAACACUCCACAGCAACAACCAGACGUCCAGCCCACUCCGCCCUUACAAAGGAGCAGAGAAGGCUCGUCUUUCAAGAAACACAACACGGAGAAUCUUGAUGAGCAGGCGUUAAUCCAAAUAGCUACGGAGGCGUUCGUAAAGGAGCUGGGUCUGGAAAGCGACCACGUGCUCCGCGGCAAUGUGCAAGUACGAGACUUGCCCGCCGGCACCUAUAUCAUGAAGGAGGAAAGCCACAAGGAUGUGGCGUUGGUGUACCUUUUGUCUGGAGCGCUGUUGGUGUCACAGAGAGUGGCGGAAGGGGAGGGCGAAGUUCACAUGUUCACUGCUUAUCCAGGCGAAGUGGAAGGAGGUCUAGCAGUACUAACCGGCGAGCCAAGCUUCUUCUCCAUCCGGGCCAAACACUUCUCUCGCAUCGGUCUUGUAUCCAAGAGUACAGUGUACAGUAUCAUGCGAGAACGGCCAUCUUGCGUGCUGCAUAUCGCCAAUACGGUCGUUAGGAGGCUGUCGCCUUUCGUGAGGCAGGUGGAUUUUGCUUUGGACUGGGUAUUCUUAGAAUCCGGUCGUGCAGUAUACCGCCAAGACGAAGAGUCAGGGUCCACCUUCAUAGUGCUGAGCGGCCGGCUGCGGUCCGUCAUCACGCACCCCAACGGCAAGAAGGAGCUGGUCGGCGAGUAUGGCAAGGGCGACCUGGUGGGGAUCGUUGAAAUGGUGACCCAAACCCGUCGCAGUACAACCGUGAUGGCCGUCCGAGACUCGGAGUUGGCCAAACUGCCCGAGGGCUUGUUCAACGCGAUCAAACUUCGAUUCCCGGUGGUAGUGACGCGGCUUAUCAACUUGCUGGGACAUAGGAUUUUAGGUUCCUGGCAAAAGCCGACCGCCGGCCUGGGCGCGGCCGCCGCCAUAGACCCGCGGCCAUCGCAGCAUAAUUUCUCAACCGUCGCCGUGGUACCGGUCAGCGACGACGUGCCGUUGACCGCGUUCACUUACGAGCUGUAUCAUUCGCUGUGCGCUAUCGGCCCCACGGUGCGUUUGACUUCGGACGUCAUAAGGAAACUUCUCGGGCUCACUAUCAUGGAUCCAAACAACGAGUAUCGACUCAGCUCUUGGUUGGCGCAGCAAGAAGAUAAACACAAGGUGGCAUUAUACCAGUGUGAUCCCAGCCUUACACAGUGGACCCAACGAUGUAUCCGCCAAGCUGACUGCAUCUUGAUUGUGGCGUUAGGCGACAAGCAGCCUAGUAUUGGGAAGAUCGAGAAAGAGAUCGAGCGUCUCGCGAUCCGUACACAGAAAGAACUUGUGCUACUACACCGCGAAGGAGGCGCCAACCCCGCGGGCACUGUGCACUGGCUCAACAUGCGCUCGUGGGUCAGCCAGCACCACCACGUGCGCUGCCCGCACCGCAUGUUCACGCGCAAGAGCCAGUACCGCAUCAGCGAGCUGUACAGCAAAGUGCUGAUGUCAGAAGCGAGCGUGCAUUCUGACUUCUCCCGUUUGGCAAGAUGGCUGACGGGCACGUCAGUAGGGCUGGUACUCGGCGGCGGCGGAGCGCGGGGAGCGGCACACGUGGGAAUGAUCAGAGCUAUACAGGAGGCUGGGAUUCCUAUAGACAUGGUGGGCGGAGUCAGUAUUGGCGCGUUCAUGGGUGCUCUCUGGUGUAUGGAGAGGAACAUUACCACUGUCACGCAAAAGGCCCGCGAGUGGUCGCAGAAAAUGACCCAAUGGGGCAAGCAGCUUCUAGACCUGACCUACCCAGCAACCUCAAUGUUCUCUGGGCGUCAGUUCAACACAACCAUCCGGUCGACCUUCGGGGAAGUGCACAUUGAAGACCUAUGGCUUCCUUACUUCACUGUGACCACCGAUAUAAGUGCCAGUUGCAUGAGGGUGCAUCGACAUGGUUCGCUCUGGCGUUACAUUCGCGCCUCGAUGUCGUUGAGCGGAUACAUGCCCCCACUCUGCGACCCUGUAGACGGCCACCUAUUAUUGGACGGCGGUUACGUCAACAAUCUGCCAGGUAUGCUCUGGCGGUACUGUCGAGCGUCUAUGAGCAUCGCGGGAAUCUUCCCGCCGAUUUGCGACCCGAUGGACGGACACCUCCUGCUAGAUGGAUGCUACACGAAUAAUGUGCCAGCGGAUGUCAUGAGGUCUUUGGGCGCUAAGCACAUCUUGGCGAUUGACGUGGGCUCCCAGGAUGACGUGGACCUGACCAACUACGGAGACGACCUGUCCGGCUGGUGGUUACUGUGGAAGAGAUGGAACCCAUUCACGACUCCAGUGAAAGUGCCAAACUUGCCUGAUAUCCAAAGUAGACUUGCUUACGUGUCUUGCAACAGACAAUUAGAGGAAGUGAAAAAAUCCGACUACUGCGAGUACAUUCGACCCCCAAUCGACGCGUACAAGACGCUCCAGUUCGGUUCCUUCGACGAGAUCCGCGAGGUGGGCUACCGGCACGGCGCCGCCUACUUCGAGGGCCAGCGGCGCGGCGGCGGCGGCGGCGUCAGCGGCGCCGCGUGCGAGGGCCGCCGGCCUGACGUGCAGCCUUCGCUCACUGAUUACACCUUCACGGAUCUUGCCCAAAUGGUGUGCUCGGUCCGGACAGGCCGUGACGUCGACAACGAUUCGGCAUCGUCGUCCGACUACGACGAAGACCAGCGACACUUCGAGGGUUACGCUUCGGAGCCCAGCGCUGGGAUUCUCGAGAUGUCCUCGAGCUUAGAGGAGGGCGCCGCGUGGAUCAGUGACACGGAACUGGAGGGCCUUCGCACCCGUCGCGUCGGCGGCAGCCUGUCCCUCUCGGAGGACGAAAUAGACUCGGAGACUGAGAUGUAUGACCCUCUGAACAAACGCGGCGGGGGCAGGUGAGACCCGACUCUGCACGAUCUGUGCAAGGCGUUAUAUGAAUAUGUUCUUAGUGAGAGGAGCGAUUAGGACAGUACCCGAUUGUGAAUAGGGCUUGAAGCUUGCCUUGUGUUUAUGAAUAGGGUGUGGUGCAACCAUAAAG